AUGGCUGCCGACUGUUGUUUGCUUCAUAUCGAUGGAUUUGAAGGGCCACUGAAGUCUUUUACCCAAACAACAUGGACAAAAUUUAUCGAAAGCAGGAGGAAAUGGCUUUUGUUGAGUGGUCAGAUGAAAGAUAUUGCUGCAAGGUCCCUCGAAUUUACUUCCGAGGAGGAUGUUGAUAAAACUUCAGAUUACAAUUUGGUUUGGAAAUAUCACAUUCAGUGCUAUAGAAGGUUCACCGAUAAACAGAAAAUUGAUCGAGCGAUGAUUCAACAUGAAAAACGGAAAGCAGAAGUGGAUGAAGGCUGCUCCACUUCAUCAGCAGUUCAUAGUUACGAACCAGCAGGAAACAAGAGAACUAGGCUAACAACCCAAAUGGAAGUUGGAGGUGCUAAAUCUAAGGCAACUGGAAGAGAUUAUUUUGUUCUGCCAAAAAUUUGCUUGAUUUGCAAAAAAGCAGAUUACUUCUACACUUGCCAAGUAAGUAUGUUUCUUCAUUUUUUAUUUCUAGUUAUAUGUGUCCAAGGCAGAGUCAUAAGGAUAUUUAUAUCAUAUCAUAGCAUGUCAUUUCAUAUCAGAACAUACAGAUAUUCAAAAUUUCCCCAGUUUUUAGAUAGAUUUUUCAAAGUGUCAGGGGUAGGCUCAUUCUCAGAAAAACAUUUUUCCCAAAGCAUCACAAGAAAUAUCUCAAAAACUUUCAUGAAAAAUUCCUUCAUGGGAGAUAACUCUCAGGAUGACAGUGGAUUUGAUUCCAAAACAAAAACAAGGAAGAAGCAAGCAUUGACUCAGUGCCAAACAAUUAAUGCCGGAAAAAUGAAGCUAGCUGCAGAAAAGAAAGAGGAUGAAUCGAUUCUUAUCCAUAUUAGGGAUGCUGACUGUGUAGCUGCUGAAGUUAUGUUCAUGAGUAAACUGUACCAUGAAUUUAAAAAGAUUGUCUCUCAGACAGAAGGUAAAAACGCAUCUAAUUAUCAAGCCUUUCGACUCAAACAGAGGUUGAAAAACCGCUUUCCUCAGCUUGUUUUUCAUACACCUGGUCACAGGAACAAAAGUGAAUUUGUUUUCUGUGAGGAUCUUUCUGUUGGGUCAGUAAUUGAAGAAACUACAAUUACAACGAAUGAGAUUGAUGACAGUGACUCUGAGUUAGAAGAUGAGAGUUGUACUCCAUUAAAAUAUCAGAAUUUAAAAGAUGAUAGUAGAACCUUGUUCCAUGCAGCACUAAUUCUUCGAAACUGCAUAACUGAAUGCCCAAAAUUCUUCACCCAUUGGCCCCCAAAAAUUACAGAAUUUAGUUUAGAGAAUGCAAGAAGUAAAAUUCCUGCCAAGCUGUCCAAUUUUCUGGCAUGGGCCCUAAAUUUUUCUGAUGAGGUGAUUCAGGAUGAUGUGCAAAUAGCUAUUCCUGAAAAAGACCAGCUGAAAGUCCUUUCAAUUGCACAAGACAUAAUAUAUGUAGCUUCAAGAGGCAAUAGACAGACACAUAAAGCACUAGGCUUAGGAAUGGCUGUGAGGCAAAUGACUCGCUCAAAUCAGCUGACCAAGAUACUGAAUGGGUUUGGGAAUGCUGCUUCCCAUUCAGCAGUUUUGUCACUGGAUACUGCUCUAGCAUAUCAACAGCUAAAUAGUGAUGUUGUUAUACCAAAUGGUAUUGUAAAAAAUACCCUGACAACAAUGGUUUGGGACAACAUUGAUUUUCGAGAAAAAACAGCAACUGGUUUUGGAACAAUAAUGUGAAGAAGGUGAAAUUGGUGGAGACAAUCUUGAUGAAGACAUUUCUUCGGAAGAUGAAGAAGACAUGUAGUUUAAUUUUUGUCAAUACAUGUAUUC